AUGAAAUCCAAACUCGAACUAGAAGGAAGGCAACCUCUCUGCAAAAUUGCCAACGGAACCGAUUCAUUUCUUCGCAAAGGUUAAGGGCAGGGCGGACGCGCAUUGCAAGCAAACAACAAGCUCCAAUUCUUUCCUUCCGAUGGCGUCAAUUUUGCUGAAAUUGCUAGCGAGACGAUCGUCCACUUUGCUGGACUCCUCUUCCACCACCGCAACCAGAAAUUUGAGCCUUGUUAGCAGCCAAAUCAGCCAACACACCGCCAAAUGGAUGCAGGAUACAACCAAGAAAUCUCCAAUGGAGUUGAUCAACGAGAUUCCUCCCAUCAAGGUUGAGGGAAGGAUUGCCGCAUGCGAAGGGGAUACAAACCCUGCACUUGGGCAUCCAAUUGAGUUCAUCUGCUUGGACCUGAAGGAGCCUGCAGUUUGCAAGUAUUGUGGUCUGCGGUAUGUCCAGGAUCAUCAUCACUAGGAGCUUGGUACGACUUAUCUCUGUAUGUGAGGAAGGACAAAAGCAUUUUACUACAUUAUAUGUUACCGGGGCAAUCCAUGUCAUCUUUGGCAUGCUUUAUGAACUUCUUUAUGCAUUCCAAAAUUAUAGCAGCUUGGUUUUGAGUACCAGGGGAAUAAGCUUUUGAUGUGUGUCUAUCUUGUGAAUUAUCAGCAGAAAUUGGGAUAUCAUCCAUUUUCUUGUUUUGAUUCUAUGGAUUUGUAUGCUUCUUACCUUGUGCAGUAUUAUUUGGCAUCUAGGGAGAUGAUUUGCAUACUGUAUCCUGCCGAGCAUGGGAAUGCUAUCACUUCCAUAACAUGUAGAGGAUUGAUCCCAUGAUUACUGGGGUCGGGACAUAUUGGUUAUUAGGUAUCAUCCUGCCAUCAAAAUCUGUGAGAGUUGGAGCUUCUUAGUCUGUUUGCUUAGAUCUUUGAACCUGUGAAUGUGAUGCGUGAUAGGAUCACUGAGGGUGAUUUCUUACUCUGUACCCAAGGAUUAUCUUUCACUUGAAAGGCUGAGAUAGGGGAGAUAGAUUACAUCGAUCCAUGCAGCAUGAUAUACUGGCUGGGACAUGUUGGAGUUUGCAAAUAGAAGAAAGCUGGAAGGCGGUCACUAUUGGUCUGAAUGUGAAUCUUAGUUUUGCGGGGAAAAUAUGUAAUUUGAGUGAUGCUUGAUGUUGUUUUGGUUCAUUCAAAAUUGGUUGGAUCGCUUAGAUGAACAAGAAAACCUAUGUUUGCCCACCAUCAUCAUUUGCAUCUUUCAUAAU